AUGCAGCAGCGAUCUCGGAGCGAAAAGAGUCUCUGGGACAAAGUGGCAGAUGUGGUGUGCUUGACGAACUGCACUGGAAGCCGGAGGAAGAACAGCAGCAAAAGGGACAAAAGGAAAAGGAAUCCCCCCUCUCAGUUCCAGCUCGACGAGAUGAAAGACAUCAACUGGAGCACCUCCACCCUCGGGAUGGAAACCGGCCUCAACAUGAGCACCAGGCAGGGCUUCAGCAUCGAGGACGCGAGGGAAAUCCCGCUUUCGUCUCUGCCGUGGAUGCCUCCACCGCCGUCGCCGGCUCUGCUACCGUCUUCGCGAAGCAGCCGCAGACGAGACACAGGAAGAAUCAAUACCGAGGGACCGAUAUACCGAGACAGGGAUUGGGAGUAUCAAACUUAUGGUGCAUGGGUUGUAUUUUGA